UUUAACAGAUUCAAUCGGCAUUUCUUUGUAUCCUUUUGCUCCAUCGUUGGUCCGUGCAAGUUAAAAAAUGCAAUUUUGCAGAAAAAUCCAAUAAAUAAACGCACGCAAAAUUGACAAUUUAACGUAAGAAAGGAGCGAUUCUGUGAAAAACGACGCCAAAACAAGUGAAUCCUUGCAGCGAAAUGUAAAGGAAUGAAAAGGAACACAAAAAAAUCGAUUGUUUUCACCAAAUACAAGUAAAAAUAUUUACCUUUACUCGGAGCGGCAGAAACAAGUGCAAGAAAUAUUUAUAAUUAGCGUCGUAAUUGCCGCACAGAAUAUCAAAAUAUUUCAAUAAAAAGCAAAUUUCAUUAAUAGUGAAUAGUUCGCGGUAAAAAACGUCAAACACGAGAAACAAAAAAAAAGUUAAAAAGGAAAAUUUUUUGUCAAAGCAAAAAAUCAAUAUUUGUGUUGUUGUGAGUGUGUGUAAAUGUGUAACGCUAUAUAAAGCUAUAUACAUAAAUAUCCGUAGAAAAUGUAUAGAUUACAUUAAAAACAUUGAAAGUAGCUAUUAUUAUUCCAAUCGCAUACAAUAAAUAUUGGAAAAAAUAGAGUUAAGGAUUAAAAGUGUCAAAUGUUGUAAAAUAAAAAAAAUUCUUAAAAAAAUUUAAAUAAAAAUCUUUCAAACUGACUCCGAAAACCAGAAGAAAAAUCAUGAAAACAAAACUCGUUCAGCUCGUGUGGCGAGGCGAGUCAAGUGUCGAUCCGCGAUUCUCGUCCUUUAUGCUGCCAUGGACUCUUGCUGACAUCCGGAAUCAUGAUAACCAUACAAGGCUCUCAGUGGGUAUCGAGCACGGGAUAUUCGAAGCAUACAACGUCGAUUUCGAGUUGCAGUUUGCUCAUCAGCUCAAAUACAUUGUUGGCAUGUGUCGAGUUAUUCAAAAACCCCAAAAAUCAAAAAGUCGCAAUUUUGAAUUUAUCGCGCCGAAAGCCGUGAAUCGCAGCAAUUCCACGUCGGAUACACAAUCAAAUCAAAUUGCCGAGAUAUAUGGACCGGAAAAUGGGAUGGUCUACCUUUUGAAGAAUCCACGCGAUCCAUUGUUGCACAUUCACUUGUUCGAGAGUGAGUCUGUCGAGGAGAUGACUGAGUUGAUGCAUCAGAUCGCGCACACAAAUACAAUUGGAGGUUCCGUUGGAAAUAUUCCGCAGAGUAUUGUAGCGUCUCCGCGUUCGGGCGAUACGAAUUUCCAAAAAGCCCUGAGGAAUAACGGAGUCCAUUCGACGCCUGCGAGCAAUUUAAAGUAUUCGGAGGCGAUGCGACAUGCCCCGCACGACACUUCGCCAAGUACUGUAGGACGAAUGUCAGCAUCGAAAAGUUACACAAGUGGAUUGAGUCAUUCAGCAGGAGCAGUCAACAUGCCAACGUCAGCUUCUUCGUCGAAUUUAUCGUUGCUAAACGAUAUUUCGCCAAAUAACUCGCAAUUUUUUGAGGUUAUGUACGUUGGGAAGAUCAAGGUGUCGCAUAAACGGGUGCCAUUUACGUUUAUUGAUGAUGCAUUGCCGAAAUUUAGGGCUUAUGAUGCGCAAAAAAUUAAAAUGCAAACGGAACUGCAAAGAAGGGCAUCAACUGUCAGUAGCGAAUCCGGAUCACAAGAAAACAUUUCAACAUCACAAAAAAUCACGGACGAUAUGCGAGCGAAAACGGAACGUAUCAAAGAAGUCGAUGAAACAAAAGAAACUGGUUCGGAAGAAAAUAAAGAAAACCUCGAAGAUGCUGAGGUCGAAGAAGCACGCGACAAACCCACAGUCCUGCGAUCCCAAAGUCAUUAUUCAAUCUCAGCAACUAAUGGUGACGCCGAACAAAGUCCUUGUAAGAAAAGUAGUUGUCCGAAAAACGAUUCGGAUGAUGUUGUAGAAGAACCCCCGAAGCAACGUGAUCGCGCCGCUUCAAUUGGUUCCAUUCCCAUAGUUGAGCAAAAUCGCACGAUGGUUUUCCUUAUCGGGCGUUCAGAUUUGCGUCUAAUUAGUCCGGAUCGCAAACAAGUGCUUCUCUACAAGGAUUUCAAAGACGUCGCAAGUUGCGCGCAAGGUCAGAAAAACGCCGAUCACUUUGGCAUCAUUUGUCGCGAGAUGCAAAAUGACGGCUACAUCGGUUACGUCUUCAAAUGUCAAUCGGAAAAUGUCGCAAACGACAUAAUCGCUGCCAUUUCGCAAGCGUUCAUCACGUGUUCCGAAGCCAAGCAAAAGGAAAAAAGUCAAAUUCUCUCCUGCGAUCACUGCCCAAUGCUCUGGUAUCACAAAUUAUGUCAGGAUAUCGAAGGAUUGAGCGACAAAAAAACACAAGCGGCAAUUUUCAAACGCAUGGAAACGCUUGCCGAAGACGAACAGACAAUAAUUUUGGCGAAAUACAAUGGAGCUGAUGACAUGGCGGGUCACACAAUCGCCGAGCAAAGUCAAUUUUUGAUGAUGUUGCUGCGAGCGCAUUGUGAGGCACGGCAACAGCGACAUGUGCAUGACACAGCGGAAAAUCGUACGGAAUUUUUGAAUCAAUAUUUGGGCGGAAGUACGAUCUUUAUGAAGGCGAAGAGAUCGUUAACGAGCAGUUUUGAUCAUCUUUUGAAGCGAAAGGGGAGUCAAUCGGAAGGACUUCCGCCUGCGCCUGUGAUCACGACGGGAGAGCGGAAAAUUAAUUUGGAAGAAACGGGAAGUCGAAAUCGCAUUUCCGGAGAUUUUUCGCAAAAUAAUAUGGAUACGCCGCAGUUGAAGUCACCAAUGAUCGAUAUUUUCAUGAAAGUUGGCAACAAUCCAGAUGAACACAGAGCCCAAAAUAAGGGAUCUUGGCGUCAAGCGAUGCUACAUCGAGUUGUAACCCCAUCAAAAGGCCUCCAAGGAGAAGAAAAUGCCGCAGAAUUCAUGUCACCCAUGAGACCUACUCUUCCACGUAAAAAGACCUCCGAAGAUUAUCGUCGCCUGUGGAAAGACACCGCCAAGCAAAUAAUCAUGCUUUCACGAAUGGAAAAAGAAAAUGCACGAUUGCAACAUGAACACAGCGAACACGAGACGAAACGCAUUAAGCUCGAAUACGACGAUAUCACGCCAUGCAGCAAAAUGGCAUCCGAUAAUUGGGACAAUUUGCUGGAGCAACAAUCGCGAAUCACGCAAAAGCCCGAUUCGCAUCAUAUGUUGAUGUCUGUGAGGAAUGGUGUCCCUAAAAUUAAACGAGGAGAAGUUUGGUUAUUUUUGGCGGAACAAUUCAAUCGACAUACGCCUCCAAUUGACACACAAAAGUUCCCGAACUAUCACACGCCAUACGAUGUCCUGCUGAAAAAUCUCACGGAACAUCAACAUGCCAUUUUUAUCGAUUUAGGUCGCACAUUUCCGAAUCAUCAAUAUUACAAGGCAGCACUCGGUGUCGGGCAAUUAGCGUUAUUUAAUUUGUUAAAAGCCUAUUCAAUUUUGGAUCCUGAGCUCGGUUACUGUCAAGGCCUCGGAUUUUUAUGCGGAAUUUUGCUCUUGCACUUGGAAGAAGCUGAUGCGUUCGCCCUAUUAAAACACUUGAUGUUCCGACGUCAGAUGCGAUUGAAAUAUUUGCCCGACAUGAAGCAAUUCCAACUUCAGCUCUACCAAUUAUCACGUUUACUGAAAGAUACCGUCCCCGAAUUGUACGAACAUUUGGACCGAAAUGACGUUUCGCCGACACUUUAUGCCGCUCCGUGGAUUUUAACAGUUUUUUCGUCGCAAUUCCCGCUCGGUUUCGUUGCGCGCGUUUUCGAUUUGCUCUUUUUGGAGUCAUCGGAGACGAUUUUCCGCAUCGCUCUUGCUUUGUUGUCCGUUCACAAGGAAGAGCUGCUUAAACGUGAGAAUUUCGAGGAAAUUAUGAAUUAUUUGAAGAAUGUCGUUCCGAAGAUGGAUUCACCGACGAUGGAGUUAAUUUUGAAGGAAGCUUUCGCGAACGACAUUUCGCAUAAAUUAACGGAAUAUCAGGUCGAGUACAAUGUGUUGCAGGAAGAAAUAACGUCGCAAAAUCAUCACAUGGAGAACUUGAAUCGCUUGAAGGAGAACAAUCAACAUUUGGAAAGUCAACUGGAAAUCGCGCAAUCGACAUUGGCGCAACUCGAGCAACAAAGACAAUCGCAUCAGUCGCAAAUUAACUCGUUACAGGCACAAAUUCAGAGCAUGGAGGUGACCGUUCAAACGUUAGGCCGGUUUUUGUCGCACUUGCAAGACCUCAAUCCGGAUCUCGAUCUGCCCGGCGACAUUCGACGCAUCGUUCAGCAAGUGAAUUACAUCGAUCAGCAGCAAUCCCGACGUCGCCCUGUUUUUUUAGACAGGAAAAUUGGCAAGUCCGUUUCCGUUAAUAGUCAUCUCGGACUUGCUUUACGCGUUUUGGAGGAACAAACGGAACCCUCAUCGCCAGAUUACGCUCCGACUCCAACAACAGCAAACACUUCCUCGAAUGGGCGCAAAAAAUCUCCAUUUUUCGAAAACACUUUUGAACAACUGCGACGUCAUCACAACAACGGCAGCUCCCUGAAUUUCCAAAAUAACGACAAAAUGGCGGAAAAUAACGGCGACAGUGGCAUCGCGACACCCCUCAGCCCGAGCAAUGGUACAAACAUAUCUUCCGUAGCGAGUAGUAGCAACAAUAGCAAUAAGAGCGAAACAGAAUCGGAGCCGGAAUCGUUGCCCUCGGAUCAUCCGUUGAGCAAUUGCUCGAGUGAUAUCAACGUACGUUUCAACGGGACGACGCAACUUAAGACGAAAGGUAAGCUCAGUAAUGGCGCUGCCACACUCAAAAAUAUUUCUCAGAGUUAACCGUUAAAUUCGAAAAUUUUUCCCGCGCUUUCUUAAAAAAAAAUUGAGUUCGAAAUUUAUUUCUUAAAAAAAAUAUUUUUUAAAUUUUUAGUUAGGCUGUGACUUUUCUGACAUUUUUUUGAAAUAAU